AAUAAGAAAUAACGAGAUAUUAUUUCAAUACACAAAGUGAUGUAUGAUAUGAUAUAAUGUCGAGUGAAACAGUAUUUGUUACGGUUGGCACAACGAAAUUCGAUGAUUUAAUAACUACAGUAUUAAGUCCUGCAAUCUUAGAGGCUUUAUCCGCACGUAAUUAUAAGCGCCUGAUUUUACAAAUUGGCAAUAGCAAUUUAGAACCAGAUUGUACCGCGCGUUGUGGUUUUCAAAAAAUAGAAAUCUUUAAAUUAAGUCCAUCCAUCGGAGAAUAUAUGCAACUGGCAAAUCUUGUGAUAAGUCAUGCAGGCGCGGGAAGUGUAUUAGAAGCUUUGGAGUAUCACAAACAUUUAAUUGUGGUUACCAAUAAUCUUCUCAUGGAUAAUCAUCAAAUAGAAUUAGCUGAGCAGCUGUAUAAAGAUGAACACUUGUAUCAUUGUACUUGUCAAAAUUUGUUGCACAUUAUACAAACAAUGGACUUAACACGAUUAAAGCCCUUUGUUAAUGACAAAAGUACAGAUAUUGCAAAUUUCAUCGACAAAAUAAUGGGAUUUAGAUGAUGACAUUCAGAUAUUUUUGUCAAACGUAUGUGGAAAUAUUCUGUAUGCUAAAGAAAAAUCAAGUAGUUCUGUGGGAACAAGCAGUAAUAUUUAUAUAUAUAUUUGAAUUCUUAACAUGAUUUACAAUAAGGAUACAUACUUUAAGAUUCAUUGUAAUAUAUAUUAUGACAUAAU